AUGUACGAAUUGGACGUCCCCACCAUCGUACCGCCUCCGGUCCUCCGGAAUAACUCUGCUCCUCACGCGAAACCUUUCUCCCCGACCCUCAAGGAAGAUGAUGUGCCGCACAUCACUGUUAUUCGACCUAUAAAAGGCGUGGAAGCUGGUCUUUACGAAUGUCUCGUGUCAACCUUCCACCUCGCCUACCCCAAGUCGAAGCUCACCAUCUACCUCUGCGUCGAUUCAACAAGAGAUCCAGCCUAUCCUGUUCCACGGAAAUACAUCUCCGCUUUCCCCGACUUCGAUGCCAAGGUGCUUGUCGAAGAGCCGGAUCCUGUGUCGCAUGGCGAUGGCGGACACGUUGACAAGCUCGGGCCCAAUCCCAAAAUCCGCAACAUCAGUCGCGCAUAUCGGGAGGUCAAAGGCGAUAUCAUUUGGAUAGCAGACUGUAAUGUUUGGCUUGGGGCUAACUCGGCAGGAAGGAUGGUGGACAAACUAUUCGGAUUCUUGCCCGACGGGGCGCAGACUAAGCCCUACAAGUUUGUCCAGCAGCUACCUCUCUUGAUCUAUCUAGAGACGCCUAGGACAGCAGCAGAAGAGGAGUAG